AGAUGGCCGGAAGGAGCUGAGAGAGAAGCCUAUACAGUAUAGGCUACACAUUGCAGAUUCGCAAUCGCAUGGACAUUGCAAUUGCUAUUCCAGAGGGACACCGACUGCAUUUACGAGCACACACAACACUCACCAGUGAUGCUACCCCGCAACGAGAUAGAAAACUCCCGGUUUGAGUCACCUCGACUUUAGAAUGGUGCAGAAAAAUGUUAAUGGUGGGGUUUACCCAACUCAAGCCGGAGAGAAGAAGCACAAAGUCGGCUUUGUCGGAUUGGACCCCGGGGCUCCCGAAUCUAGCAGGGACGGGGCGCAGCUGAUUGCGGGCUCGGAAAGCACAAAGCGGACCAGUAUCCUAUGCAGACGGAGGUCCAGUGCCAUAAGAGGUGGGAGAACGCCGAAGAAAAACCCCAGCUAUAGGAAACUACAGAAUUUUCUAUAUAAUGCACUUGAAAGACCGCGGGGAUGGGCGUUUAUUUACCACGCUUAUGUCUUCCUGUUGGUGUUUUCCUGUCUCAUCCUCUCUGUUUUCGCUACCAUCAACGAGUUCAAGAACAGUUCUGAGACUGCCUUGUACAUUCUGGAAAUAGUGACCAUCGUGGUGUUUGGAGUUGAGUACAUUGUGAGGAUAUGGGCGGCGGGCUGCUGUUGUCGCUACAGAGGAUGGAGGGGAAGGCUGAAAUUCGCCCGCAAGCCUUUCUGUGUUAUCGACAUCAUGGUCUUGAUAGCAUCUGUGUCGGUGCUGGCUGCUGGCUCCCAGGGAAAUGUCUUCGCCACCUCUGCCAUCCGCAGUCUCCGCUUCUUGCAGAUCCUCCGCAUGCUGCGGAUGGACCGGCGCGGGGGCACCUGGAAACUUCUAGGAUCAGUGGUCUAUGCCCACAGCAAGGAACUAAUCACUGCUUGGUACAUAGGCUUCCUCUGUCUCAUCCUGGCUAGUUUCCUGGUGUACUCGGUCGAGAAAGAUGACAACGACAUGUUUGAGACCUAUGCUGAUGCCCUGUGGUGGGGGCUGAUCACCCUGACCACCAUAGGCUAUGGGGAUAAGUUCCCAAAGACCUGGAAUGGACGUCUGCUGGCUGCAAUGUUCAGUAUGAUAGGAGUGGCUUUCUUUGCGCUCCCAGCUGGUAUCCUGGGGUCUGGUUUUGCUCUGAAGGUCCAGGAGCAGCACAGACAGAAGCAUUUUGAGAAGCGACGCCAACCUGCUGCUGGUCUGAUACAGAAUGCUUGGCGAUUUUAUGCUACGAAUCUCGCUCGGACUGAUCUGCUGUCGACGUGGGAUUUUUAUGAGGAGAACGUUUCUCUCCCAAUGUACAGACUCAUACCCCCCCUCAAUCAACUGGACCUCCUGAGGAAUCUGAAGGCCAAAUCCUUCAGCAGGAAGGACUCUCAGACAGAAGCCUCCCCCAGCCGGAAGCCUAGCCUAAAGGACAAGGUGCAUCCUAGUCCUUCCAAGAUGGCUGGGGCCACAGGGAGGUCCCAGUCCCCUGGGCCUGAAGACGGGGCAGAGGGAGGGCCGAGCUGGAGCUUCGCUGACCGGGCACAAGGGGCCAUGCAUGCUUUCCGUGCCAGGGGCAGCACCUCACGCCAAAACUCAGAGGUGCUGAUUGAAAUGCAGGAUGAAGACUUUGGACUGAAGAGUUCUCCAGAGGCUUGCCUCCCCGGCGAGGACGUUGGGGAUGAUAAGAACUGCAACUGUGAAUUCCUUCAAGAUUUAUCUCCUGGGUUGAAGGUCACAAUUAGGGCAAUAAUCAUCAUGAGGUUUCUGGUGUCAAAGAGGAGGUUUAAGGAGAGCCUACGGCCAUACGACGUGAUGGAUGUGAUAGAGCAGUACUCCGCAGGCCACUUGGACAUGCUGAGUCGGAUUAAGCAACUACAGUCCAGAGUGGACCAGAUUGUUGGUAAAGGUCCUCCAGAUAAAGGUGCCAAAGGUGGCGGUGACGGGGAGAAAGAGGAGGUGGACCCCAGCAUGAUGGGACGUAUGAUGAAAGUGGAGAAACGGGUGGGCUCCAUGGACAGAAAGCUGGAUUUCCUGGUCAACGUGUACGUACAGCGCAUGGGCAUCCCGCGCUCUGAGACAGAGGCCUAUUUCAACUCCAAGGAAGCCUACCCUGCACCCCCUUACAUUAGCCCUGAGGAUUGCAAGGAGGAGAAGCAGGAGGAGGAAAAGAUGGUGAAAGAGGAGGAGAAGAAGGAGAAGAGCUGCUCCGCUGCCGAGGUCCUCCGCUCCGUGGAGAGGAAGAAGUGCUCCCCGGAGCCCAGGUCUUUGGGCACGCCCUCCGGCAGCCGCAGCCGCCCCUGCACCUCCUGGGAGCACCAGCUGCAGCACCCUCUCAGCCAGCCCGCCUGGAACAGCAGUGUGGCCAACAGCCCCUCACCUAUAGGGGGGGGCAGCGGAGAGCACUCCCCCUCUCUGUUCCGCCUGCCACCCCCUCCCCCAACCAUCCACGAGCGCUCAUCCUCCGGGGCAGGAGGGAGCAUUAGCCGGGAGGGUUCCUCCCAGGGCAGGAAGCGCAACAGGAGGCAGAGGCGUCAGCCAGACGUGGCCCCGCUGCCCACCGCGGAGAGUGACACGUCCCUGUCCAUCCCAUCAGUGGACCACGAGGAGCUGGAGCGCUCCUUCAGUGGGUUCAGCAUCUCCCAGGCCAAGGAGGACUUCUUUGGGGCGUCGUUCUUCAAUGGGGUGGCUGCAGAAACAGGGGCAUCUCUCUGCGCCAGGGUUAGACCCUUCAUUGCUGAGGGUGAAUCAGACACAGACUCUGACCUGUACACCCCUGGCGGCCCCUCGCCCCUCUCCUUCAGCGGUGAGGGGGCAGGGGGGUAUGGAGACAGAAUCUGGCCACCUCUCAAGUAGGCUAGGAUCAGAAUAACUGGCCCCUAGUAUGAGCUGGGAUGAAUUGAGAUAUGAGGGGAGGAUCAAGAAGAUUGCAUAUGUUAACGCUUGUCACUGAAACUUUCACAAACAAAAAAUGGCCCAAUUGAAUCUGUCUUGUGUGAUUGUAUGUGUA